AUGGCCAGGACUCCUGAGCUGCUCCUUCUGCUGGCUCUGGGGCUCUGCUGCCCUGGGAUCCAGAGCCAGAGGUACCAGAUGACAGCCAGGUUUCGUGACAGAACCAUCACACACCCCGAGAUGGGACAGCGGCUGGAGCUGGAAUGUGUGAACCCUAAGGACGACAGUGGUGUAUUCUGGGUCCGCCAGGACAAGGGUGGGAUCCUUCACUUCAUCGUCUUUACCACUUCCCUCUCUCGGAACACCUUUGUGGGGAAUGCAAAGGAGUCCACACGCUUCGAGGCAAGCAGACAAGGCAGGUUCUACCAGCUGGUGGUGAAGUCCUUCACAUCACAGGACGAGGGGACCUAUUUCUGCAUCAUGAACAGCAACCAAGUGCUUUACUUCAGCCCUGGCCUGCCUGCCUUCUUCCCAGUUGCCACCACAGCUGCACCCACCACACUAGCAACCACAACCCAGCACAACAUCACUGAAGAGGACCCCUGCCUGAAGACACCAGGUAGGAUCCAGACCACCGAGUUUAGUUUCUCUUGUGACAUCUUCAUCUGGGCUCCCUUGGCAGGCGCCUGCGUCCUGCUCAUCAUUGCCCUGGCAGUCACCAUCGUGCUGUGUCAGCAAACCAGAAGACGAAGAUGCAGAUGUAAAAGACCUAUGAAUGGGAAGCCCAAUGCAAAAGCCAGCGUGCCAAGCCGACACGUAUAA